ACAUGAGACUUUUAGUCACUAGCAUCACCCCAAGUUGAUCGGCUGCAGAAACAGUCAGCGGAGUUGGCUGGUAAAACAAUGAGCUUUAAAACUGGCGAAGAUAAACAGUCAACCAAAUAUUACGAGAACAUUCUUAGCAUCGAAGAGUGCCGUGAGGUAGUCAGAAAAUCGCUCCAGUUGGACAAUCCUAAUGUUUUGGAGUUUAAAUUAGAAAAAAUACCCGGCCACAUUGGAUUUCUAGGAGAAUAUCUGGAGUUGGAAAUAAUUGUCGAAGAUAAUGGAAGUCGCACCUCGAGUUAUUAUUUCCUCAAGGCACUUCCCAUCGCCGACAGAAACCAACGCACAAUGAUGGAGGAGCUGGGCUUUUUUCGGAAAGAAUCAAAGGUGUACUCGGAAAUCUUGGUUGCUUUCGGUCACAACCAGGAACCGUGUAAAUGGCGUCCCGAUUGUUAUCUCGUUCGCGAUGAUCUAAUCGUGAUGGAGGAUUUGAAGAGACGAUACGGUUUCAGUAUGGUGCACCACAAGACCCCGCUUGAUGGUAAACAUUUGUACCUGGUCUUAGAGGCGAUUGCGCAGAUGCAUGCCGUCUCUCUCAACUAUGAGUUUAAUGUUAUUGGUGGCGGACGGAGGCUGGAUGAAAUGUAUAGUGAGAUUUUGUUCGAGACGGCAGUGAAGCACGAUAACAAGUGGUUUAUGGCGGGACUUAGUUGCAUCAAAGCUAUGGCAUUAAAUGCCACGAAAUACGGCAAAGAUCCAGAGAAGAGGUUUCUGAUGGAACAGGAGCUGGACAAGCAUUUAAACCGAAUAUUUGAUGUGGUUAAGCCGACUGAUGCCUUUCAAAAUGUUCUGGUGCAUCGGGAUAUUUGGCAUAACAAUAUUAUGUUUCGGUAUGAAACAAAUCCUACUUCAAAAGAGUAUCGGAACGAUGCUGAAGUUCAGGCAUGUGUCCUGCUUGACUUUCAAAUCUGUCGCUAUCUGCCCCCGGUAAUUGACUUACUGCUAUCUAUAUACCUUACAACUAGGAGAUCGCAACGAGAGCAGUAUUUCGAUCACUACUGCGAGUUCUAUUACAAUAAAGUACGGCAAAAGCUGGAAGGCUUUGGGUUAAAUCGAGAACAGGUGUUACCACAAGAACAGCUGCGAGACAGUCUAACUUAUUAUAAAAUAAUUGCGCACGUAUUUUCCUGCAUAUAUUUGGCACUAACGAAUUUGCCGGAAAAUGUACUCGAUGACUUACACCGUGACGACCCGGACUACUAUCAUCAAGUUUGCAACGUCAACCGGGAUGACUUUGUGCUGAAGUAUUUAGGCGAGGACGACUUCUAUCGCGAAACCAUGCUUGAGUGCGUCGAAGAAUUGUUGGAGUAUUUUACGUUAUUAUCUGCAGUUUGCCAAGUUUAUCCGACUCAGCUGUUCGGGUACUGGAUGUACGGUAGCACCAUAAAUUAUUGCAAUCUCUCCGCUUAUGACCACAGGACAGGCAUAGACAAUAGUUGGCCCACUUCGAUGCAAGUUGUCCAGUUGUGGGCGACAUUUACAGCAACCAUGUUGAGACCAUCUGCGCUGGGGCUGACCGACGAGGAUCUCCAGCUGAUUGUGACGCGCUAUCUAGGAAAUAGAACAAUUUUGAUCCGAGAUGCCUGGAUUGAGGGUUUCGGUGGAAGUCCGGAUGGAUUUCUGGCAGAUCAUUUUGCGCUGAAAAUUCAGGCUAAAGUUACAGGUGAUAGACCAGAAAGCCAAGAGUUAUCGUUCUUUUUGAAAAUCAUACCGAAUGGGAAUCCUGCUUUAGCCAAGUAUUUAUGUGAAAUUGGAAGCUUUCGAAAGGAGGUCAAUCUGUGCGAGAAAAUCAUUCCCAGGAUUCAACAGCAAAUCAAAAACAGGCAAAUUGUUCCAAAGUAUCUGUUGACUAAAGAUGAUAGACUGAUCGUCAUGGAGAAUGUCAAGUUGAACGGAUUUGAUAUACUAAAAGGUAAUCGAGGGAUGAUGAAUUACGCAUAUCUGACGAAAGCGUUAGAAGCAUUGGCUUUCAUGCACGCGGGAUCAAUUGUGCUUGAAGAGAGGGAAGGUAAAUUACUGACGGAAAUGUUCCCUGAUGCACUGGAGGAAAACGCUUGGACUGGAGUAAAAGGAAGCAGCCGAACCAGAGAUGUGGAAAACGUGAUUGUUUUGUGGUGUGAGUUUAUGAGAAUCUCUGAGCGAGAUUCCAAUGUACUGGAAAAAUAUUUAGCGGCUCUACCAGGAACGAUCCGAAGUCUGUACGACUAUGUUAAACCGUCGAGUAAGUGGAGGAAUGUGUUUAGUCACGGAGAUCUGUGGAGUAAUAAUCUAAUGUUCAAGACAACACCGACUGGAGAACCGUUGGAUUGCAUUUUAGUUGAUUUUCAACUGUCUCGUUACACCCCACCGGCUUACGAUAUCAACUUGCUCUUUUCGCUCACAACAACCGAAGAGUUCAGAGUGGACAAUAUGGAUUCAUUGUUGGAGCAUUAUUUCACGAUAUUUCAGCAUGUAUUGGAAUUGAAUAAUAUCAAAAAAUGCAUCUUCACAAGGGAAUCGUUCUUCGACAGCUGUCGCCACUAUCGUAUAGCCGGUCAAAUCCACGGAUGCAUCAUCGCUCCGGAAGUGUUGCUUCCCGAGCACUAUCUGGAACAAGUAUUCGCCUGCUCCGCCGAUUGUGCUGGAUUUAUGCCCCAACCAAAGAUCAACAUCUGCUUGAGUGCAUUUAGAACUAACGAGCAGUAUCGUCAAAGGAUGUUUGAAAUCGUACAGGAGCUCCUACCACAGGAUGAUGAUAAUUGAAAUAAUUUGAAUUGAAUAUAAAAAAUAAACAUAUUUUUCUAAUUUUAGUAUCAUUUUAUUCAAAUAAAACUAAAUGGACUCGUCGGUCACCAAUAUGAAAAGUAGUUUAA